UCAAUUUACCAGACUUGCACUGCGUCUGGGCGGAGUCGGGUACGCAGCUCACUUCAGUGAUGCGUUUGCUGACGUAAACUACGCAUAAACAAACAUACAACAACGCCACCAUACAAGAAUGGGACGUGGUGGUCUCGGAAAUACCUCCAUUUACCACCGUCGGUUAAUCUUCAGCGUUUUAUCUAGGGGUGAAUAGCUUUUUCCCCCAAACGAGGUCGGCGGCGGGCGGGCGGGCGAGCUUAGCAUCGGGGCUAAGCUAGGCUAAACAGUUGCCUUUCGGUUUCUUUCGAUUCCGCGGAGCUCCCCGCCAAGACCGCCCCCCGGAGAAAAUGGUGUACUUUUUGAACCCUCUGGAGAACCUUAGAAGCUCCAUCAACAACCGCCCGCCACUGGUCAUCUUUAUGAUCAGUGUCAGCGCCGUAGCCAUCGCUUUCCUCACCAUCGGCUACUUUUUUAAAAUCAAGGAGAUCAAGUCUCCAGAGUUGACCGAAGACUGGAACACGUUCCUGCUGCGCUACAACGAGUUGGACUUCUGCGUGUCAGAGAAUGAGACCAUCAAGCACGGCCUCAACGACUCCACCACGCCGGAGAGCCUGUCGGCGACCAGUGGGCAAGCGCGGCCUAGCACGUCAGCGCCACUACUCUCCGAGGAAUCGGGCUCCGUCAACAUCUCGGUGCCCAUCACGCUCACACUGGACCCCCAGCGGCCCUUUGGCGGCUACUCUCGCAACAUCACGCAUUUGUACGCCAGCGUUUUGGGACAACAAGUGGGCCUGUCUGGCCGGGAAGCCCACGAAGAGAUCAACAUCACAUUUACGCUGCCUGUGUCCUGGAACGCAGACGACUGCAUCCUGCACGGCCACUGCGAGCAGGUGGUGUUCAGCACGUGUAUGACCAUUACGGCGGCCAGCAACAUCUUCCCAGUCACAGUGCAGCCGCCGCAUUGCGUGCCAGAGACGUACACCAACGCCACAUCGUGGUACAAGGUUUUCACCACAGUGCGUGACUCUGACACCAAGUACAGCCAGGACUACAACCCCUUCUGGUGCUACAAGGGUGCCGUGGGCAAGGUGUACCACGCCCUCAACCCUAAGCUCACAGUCAUUGUGCCCGAUGACGACCGCUCCCUCAUCAACCUGCACCUGAUGCAUACCAGCUACUUUCUUUUUGUCAUGGUCAUCACCAUGUUCUGCUAUGCCGUUAUCAAGGGCAGGCCUGGUAAAGUGCGGCAAAGCAGCCCAGAUUUCUUUCCUGAGAAGGUGGCACUUUCAGAAGGCUAAUAAGGUACAAGAGCACCCUUUGAGGUAACAUGACAUCUCCCCAAAAAAAUACAAUAAAACAACGCAGCGACGUCUCACCGAGUUGCCAGGCGGACUCCCAAAAAUGAUUUCGAACCUCUGCUCGCAAUGAUGUUGGGAUGGUCCAACCAAAGAUACAAGUGCCUGCCAUCUGUAAUACAAAUAGAACUUGAUGAGGAACAUUUAAUUUUUUCUGGGUGGGGUGGAUUACUGUUGAUUUUUGCCUCUGGAGUCUUCCGGUGCCAUAUCGGGACAAUGCAGUAGAGCGUCACUUCUGAGAUACUUUUGUCGGAAUAAAACACACAAGCAAAGACAAACAAAAGCAAAAGGGAUACGAAGGAGCACUUUCCCAGGAUUGGAUGUAUUUCUCUCACCACUGAUAAAUUGUUCGUGUCGGAUUCGUAAUUGUUAGUUGAAUACUGUGGCUACCCAGUCGCAGCCUUUAUUUGACAUGUCCAGGAUUGGGCCAAAGUAGUCUAUGUUUAGUCAACACUAAAGCUAAAGGAUUAUCAGAUCCAAUUUCUAAUUUUUCUGUCAGUCCAAUUGUUAGUAUGGGAUUUUCUGAAGAAUUUAACAGAUGGGUGGACGGCGGCAAAAGAUAUAUUCACUGAGUUCUUCCACGGCUCGAGUUAGCUGUAAAAAUAUAUGAUUCCCAACUCCUCGGGCGCCGUUGAUGGUGCGGGAUGUUGAAUCAAUUUUGAAUACGAGGGUUUUCAAUUCCUCUCUAGUCAAAAUGGAUUGGAUUUCUAUUGUUGUCAAUGGCAGCCAAUGAGUUAAGCAAUCACCUUUAUUUUAUUUUUUUGAAGUUUGCGCUGAUUUUGGCACAAGAGGAACUUGCCUUACCUGCGAUGGGUGAACUUUGCGUAAUUGUCGGUUACUUGUAAAAUCCAUGUUUGAAUAUUCAUAUCAACCUUCCUUAAAUUAUUUCAUUUUUGAAAUGACUUUCUUUGUUUGAAUAGUUAGCGCACCUUGUAGAUUUCUUGCACAUUUUGACUUGAUUUCCUUUUUUUUUUUUUUUUUUUUUUUUAAGUUCUAUUCCUGCACCAAAAAAAUCUUUGUAUACUUAUAUUUAUGAUUAAUGUAAUUUAUUUUUGUCUAUAAUGAUGACAUACGAAAGAAGCGAGUGUUUGGACCCGAUUCUCUCUCAUAAACAUUUGACAAUCA